ACGCCUGGAAGCAGCGAGCUCGGGCGGCGCCUGUGUGCGGCGGCGCGGCCCGGCUCCGGCCCCGCCGGGGCGAUGCUCCCCGGGGCGGCGGGGUGAGCCAGUGACUCCACUGGCCCCGGGCAUGGCGGACCCAGUGGCGGGCAUCGCAGGCUCCGCCGCCAAGAGUGUGCGACCCUUCCGAUCCAGUGAGGCCUAUGUGGAAGCCAUGAAGGAAGACCUGGCCGAUUGGCUCAAUGCUUUGUAUAGUCUAGGUCUACCCGGCAGUGGUGAUGGCUUCCUCACGGGGCUGGCCACGGGUACAACCCUGUGCCAGCAUGCCAACGCUGUCACCAAGGCUGCCCGGGCUCUGGCUGCUGCCCGUCCAACCCGAGGUGUGGCCUUCCAGGCACACAGUGUGGCGCCUGGCUCCUUCAUGGCCCGAGACAACGUGGCCUCUUUCAUCGGCUGGUGCCGGGCUGAGCUGGGCGUGCCUGAAGUGCUCAUGUUUGAGACAGAGGACCUGGUGCUGCGCAAGAACGAGAAGAGUGUGGUGCUGUGCCUGUUGGAGGUUGCCCGACGUGGGGCACGCCUUGGGCUGCUCGCCCCGAGGCUGGUACAGUUUGAGCAGGAGAUUGAGCGGGAGCUUCGGGCUACCCCUCAGGCCUCCAGCGUCCCUGCUGCUGAAGAGGAUGUCACUGAAAUCGCUGCUGCACCAGGGGCACCUGCCCGCACACCCCGCAUGACGCCCAAUGACAUUCGAAACCUGGACGAGCUGGUAAGGGAGAUCCUGGGCAAGUGCACCUGCCCAGACCAGUUUCCCAUGAUCAAGGUCUCCGAGGGGAAGUACCGAGUGGGAGACUCCAGCUUGCUCAUCUUUGUGAGGGUGCUGAGGAACCACGUGAUGGUGCGAGUGGGCGGCGGCUGGGACACACUGGAGCACUACCUAGACAAGCAUGACCCUUGCCGCUGCACUUCUUCCACCCACCGGCUGCCCCAGCAGAGAACCGGGACUUUCUCUCCGCAGAGGGGAUCACCCACUCCUAGUCCCCGCCCCGGUAGCCCAGUCCCUGGAAGUGAGCGCCGGAGCUCCCGGCCCGAAGUAACUCCCAUCAGCCUGCGAAGCACAAAGGAGGGGCCUGAGACCCCACUCAGGCCCCGCGACCAGCUGCCCCCCCUCCCCCGCUCCCGCCGCUACUCCGGGGACAGUGACUCCUCAGCCUCCUCAGCACAGAGCGGCCCCAUGGGUGCCCGCAGCGACGAUUCAGCCACUGGCUCCCGGAGGGAGCGGCCUAACCACCGGCUGACCUCCGGUCUAACGGCCUCCCCGAGACGGCCGCCCACCCCUCGCAGCCAGUCUCGAGACCGGCUGGACCGGGGACGGCCUCGCAUGGCCCCAGGAGGCCGAGGCGCUCAGCUGUCGGCCUCCAGCCCCGCACGGCGCACCCGCAGCCAGAACCGCGAGGAACAGGCGGUACUGGUGGUGCGCAGGGACCGAGACGGCCAGCACUCGUGGGUGGCCCGGGGCAGGGGUGGCGGGGGAUCAGGGGGUUCUGGAAGGAGUACCCCGCAGACUCCGCGUGCCCGCAGUCCUGCAGCACCCAGGCCUUCCAGGGGCCCCAGCCCAGGCCCAGAGCUAGCUGCCACACCCGCCAGCAUCUUCCGCACGCCCCUGCAGCUUGACCCACAGCAGGAGCAGCAGCUGUUCAGGCGCCUGGAAGAGGAAUUCUUGGCCAAUGCCCGCGCCUUGGAGGCUGCUGCCAGCCAUACCCUCAUGGGAUCAGCCCCUGACCAUCCAGCUCCGGACUCUGCUUACUGUUCAUCCAGCUCCUCAUCUUCAUCACUCAGUGUUCUGGGUGGCAAAUGUGGCCAACCCAGGGAAUCAGGUCGCACAGCCAAUGGGCUGCCUGCGCCCCGCAGCCAAGCUCUGUCCAGCUCUUCCGAUGAGGGCAGCCCCUGCCUUGCUGUAGGAAGGACACUGGAUGCAGCCAGGAGUUCUUUGGCUGGCCCAGAGCCCUCUCUGACCUGGGCAAGGGGGCGGAUGGACACACAACCAGACCGUAAACCCUCACGCAUACCCACACCUCGGGGACCCCGCCGCCCAUCGGGACCCACAGAGCUUGGGGCUUGGCAUGCCCUGCAUUCGGUCACCCCAAGGACCGAGCCAGAUUCUUCAAUGUGAUGGACCGGCUCCACUGCACCCACACCCCAUUCCAUUUUCUUUGUGGCCUUAACCUAUCCUUUGCAUCAGGGACUCCCCUUCCAUCUCUUGAGCACCAGACCUCAUGGGACCAGACCCCACGGGACCACAUGGCACAAUGGGACACCUGUUGUACAUUCCGGUUCGGGGGAUGAGCAUUGCUAUUUAAUUACUAAUAUUAUUGAAUGCCUUAGAGGAGACCGGGCUAGCCCGGUGUCCAGAGGACCUGUGGUCCAGUAAGCAGAACCUCUGACAGUAAAGUAUUGCUCCAGCUCCUGGUUUUUGGGGACCGAGCCUUCAUUAUAUGUUGGGAUUCUAGAGUGAACUGCCUGGAGACCAGACCUCAAUGCUCUGGACCUGUCUAUUCCAGAACAAGAAACCCUUACAUUGUGCGCUUACAUUUUUUGCUUUUGUUUUUAUUGCCUGCUAAGGCGUGACUUUAAAAAGUGUCUCCAGUAGCCAGUCUAGCAGUGGAGAGGUAGAGGCAGGUGGGUCUAUGUAGUUCAAUAUGAGUGCUAGAAGCUGUAUGAAUACUUCUGAUCGCAUUCAUAUUCAAGUCCUUUCCAGCUGUGAUUGUAACCCAAUAAGGUCUUAGAAAAAAACUGAUCUUGUCCAAUGAUUGGGAGUUGGCUGGGUCCAAUCAAGAUCAAAGAAAAGCCCGUUGGCCAGGAGUCUGGGUGGGAGCCUGCUUUCAUGAAAUUUCCCUGUUCAAUCUGAUCACAUGAGGCUGCAGCGCGCUGGGUGCAGCGCCCCCUGCAGACGCAGAGCGGGAUGUGCAGGACGUGUGCGCACCAAAGCACAACGUAGAAGCUCUCGGAAGAGACGCAGCACGUGCCAAUUGUAUUUGGCUGAGCACUCGAGGUAGCCACAGCGCCAGCCCCUUCGAACUAGAGUGGCCAGUGCACGACGAGGUCCGAAGCGCAGCCGCUGACGGUCCCGCUUGUUGCCCACCACCAGGAUGGGUGCCUCUGGCGCUCCCGCCGGCCUGGAGGCCCGAUGGAGAUGAGAGACGCAGUGCUGGAGACUCCAUGGCCAGAGGAACCCACCCAAUGUGUACAAGUGAAGGCGGGACCCUCCUAGGGCCUGAGACUCCCUGGUGUGCUGCAUACCUCAUACAGCAAGAGACCCUCAAGUGGGCACAAAGUAUGCUCCAGAAACAACCAGACUAUACCCGCUCCCCUGGCAAGACCUCCACCUCCAGUCAAGCCCUCACCUGUUUUCUGCUAUGCGUUGCCUCAGGGCUUUCACAUAAUCGAAACUGUCCGGGCUGCAGAUGUCGUAGACCAGCACAAAGGCAUCCGUGUCCUGCAAGCUCCAGUCUUUAGGGUCCGGCCACUCCUAAGGGUAGAGGCUGGGGCUUACAGCAGACCCUCCUACUCCAGUUCAUCCUUCCCCAUCACCUACCAACAACACUCAGGACGCACCCUCCCACAGGCCAGAUUUCCCAGCCCUGUCUGGAUCUUGUCAGUCCUUAACUCCCCUACUUACUGGGCCUCUAAUUAAACUACUAUCCACCCAA